AUGUCACUGGUAACACCAUUACAAUUUUCGACAGUCCAGCCAAACUUAUAUAGAGGAUCCUACCCACGAGAAAUCAAUCUCUCAUUUCUAAGAACCCUUAGACUGAAAUACAUCCUAUCAUUGACACCUGAACCUCUGAAUAGUGAUCCUUUGAUGGUAAGAUUUUGCGAAGAGAACAACAUCAAGACAGUUCACAUAAGAUGCCAAAGUGAAAGAAAGGCUGACAAGACCAAGCCCAAGAUCAAAAGAAAAAAGAAAACAGUUCCCAUUGAAUACGAUGUUGUGGUACGAUGCGUGAAAUUUUUAAUCGAUAAGAGGCAUUAUCCGUGUUAUAUGCACUGUACAAAUGGGGAACUAAUAAUAUCCCUUGUAGUAGCAUGUAUGAGAAAGUUUUCAUAUUGGAGCACAGUGUCCAUAUUAAACGAGUUUUUAGUAUACAAUUCCAGCAUCAAUAUUCAUGAGAGAAACUUUAUUGAAAACUUCAACUCGGAAAUUGAAGUUGAUAAUUUAGAUAUAAAGGAUAAAGUUCCUUGGAUUACCGUACGGUACAUUGCCCGAACAACUACAGAAUCAGAAGACGAGCAAUAUACCGGGCAUGUUGAUACAUCUGAAAAGGUUGCAAGAGUAAGUAGUGUGUCGAAUUCUUUGCCAAAAUUGAAGUUUCAUAGUAUGUAA